AUGGACUACCUCAAGCUGAUAGUCAUUUUAACAGUCCUGACCUCCUGUAACUUUAACGACGAUGAGGAGCCAUUUUGUCAGUUCCGUCAAGACUACACGGACAACAGUGACUGGACACGAAACCGUGGUUCCACUCCCACAAAUGGGACCGGACCGAGUGGUGACUACCCUGAUGGAACUGGCUUCUACAUUUAUCAUGAAGCUGAUAAUGUCGGAACCAAGAAAACAGCACGUUUAAUAAGCCCCUCCCUCAGCUCGGGCCCAGAUCCCAUCUGCGUGCAGUUCCGCUACUACAUGUAUGGCUUCGACAACCAGAACCUUCUGAGGGUUCUUGCUAAACGAGGAGGUUCAUCUGAGGAGGCGGUCUGGGAGAAGGUCGGAUACCAAAGUCCUUCCUGGCUGAAAGGAUCCGUCACCGUGGCCAAACCCCUGGGAACAUCACUGGAGAUUGUGUUCGAGGCCACUCGUGGUUUCACCUCAUCAUGUGACACAGCUCUUGAUAAUAUUGUCAUCAGUGAAGGAGCUUGUCCUGGAUGUUUGUUUGCCUGUGACUUUGACACAAAUGGGGACCUCUGCAAUUGGGAAGUGCAAGUCCCAGACGACAGAAUUUUCGGAUGGGAACCAUUCAAUGGGCCAACCGACACCGAAGGAACCGGCCCCGAUGAUGACUACUCCAAACCCGGCUUUGGGAGCUAUCUGCUGAUGGACUCCAUGUAUGCUGUCGCUGGCCUCUCUAGCCAACUUUGGAGCCCCUCUGCCUCCUCUGCGUCUAGUGGAUGUCUGGAGCUAAGCUUCCACUACUACAUGUUCGGCACAGCCACCACCAUGCAACUCAGUGUCCAUGUUGCCACAGGCGGCGUGAUGGGACCUGCCAUCUUCACCCUAACGGGGAACCAAGGCGAGGGCUGGAAGCCCGCCGAGGCUCGCUACGUUGGCACAGGACCCGUCCAGUUUGUGAUAGUUGGAGUUUAUGGAGACACUUCUAAGACUGACAUCGCCAUUGACAGUGUAUGCAUCGCAACUUGCCAAGCCACUACACCUGCACCAACAACCCCCAAACCUUCCUCAACCACACAAAAGCCAACUACUCCCAAGCCUGGCCCAACCACACCAAAGCCAUCUACGCCUGCAUCAACAACUCCAGUGAAAUGCCCCCCUGAUUCUGACUUUUCGGAGUGUGGUCCAUCGUGCGUUCCCACCUGCCAGAAGCCCAACAUUGACUCCAGUAACUGCACUGGGACCUGUGUGAGCGGCUGCUUCUGUAGACCAGGCUUUGUGCUGUCAGGAAACCGGUGUGUUCGCUCUGACAAGUGUGGCUGUCUGGAUGACAACAACAACUAUUAUGAGCCUGGAGAGGUUGUGUUUGGGGAUGGCUGCUCCAAGCUGUGUCGCUGUGCUGGAAACUACACUCUCUCCUGCGUGGACAACAGCUGUGCUCCCACUGAGGAGUGCCGAGAGGUCAAUGGAGUCCCUGGAUGUUAUCCUCAAGGCACCUCCACCUGUGUUGCCUCUGGAGAUCCUCACUACACCACCUUUGAUAAGCAGAAGUACAACUUCAUGGGCAACUGCACCUAUGUGAUGUCCAAACCAUGCAACACCACUGGUCUGCCACACUAUGAGGUCCACGUGUCCAAUGAGAACCGCAACAACAACAAGAAAAUCAGCUACGUAUCAGCGGUGCAUGUCUACGUCCAUGGAAUGACCAUUUCCAUCCUUAAAGGAGGAACCGUGCGGAUCAAUGGCACCAAUGUGAACCUGCCUGUGAACCCAGCUGCAGACGUUUCUGUCUACAAGUCUGGAAAACAUUACACCGUGGCCAUGAGUUUUGGAGUGACUGUUCGCUACGAUGGCAACCACUUCAUGGACAUCAAAGUGAUUGCAGCGUACAAAGAGAAGAUUUGUGGCCUUUGCGGAGAUUACGACGGCAACUCCAAGGAUGACUUCCGUACACCUGCAGGCGAACUCGUCACAAAACCGAAUGACUUUGGAAACAGCUGGAACUCUGACCCAGAAUGCAACAAAUUUCCUGUUCUGCCUGAACCUGGUUGUACACCAGAGGAGCAGGACAAAUAUGAGAAACCUGCUUUCUGUGGAAUCAUCCUGGACAAAAACGGCCCAUUCGCUGUGUGCCACCCCAAGAUUAAUCCCAACAGCUUCUUCAAGGACUGCAUGUUUGACGUGUGUGAACUGGAUGGACUGCACUCUGCCCUGUGUGAGGCCAUAGAGGCCUAUGUGAAUGAGUGUCAGGAUCGUGGAGUCACCAUCGGAUCAUGGAGGAACACCACCUUCUGCCCCCUGACCUGCCCUCCCAACAGCCAUUUUGAGUCCUGUGCUUCAGCCUGCCAGCCUUCCUGUGUCACCCCUUCCCCAGGGCAGUGUAGUGGACCGUGUGCAGAGGGGUGUGUGUGUGACCCAGGAUUCGUCCUCAGCGCUGGCAAGUGUGUCAGGCAAGACAGCUGUGGAUGCCAACACACCAAUGGCCAGUACUACCAGCCUGGAGAGGAGUGGUACACCUCUGACUGUGAUCUGAAGUGCAGGUGCAAUCCUCCCUUUGUCAGCUGCAGUGAUGGACAGUGUCCCCCUUCAAAGGAGUGUAGCAUCCAGGGAGGACUUCUGGGCUGUUACCCCAUUGCCACUACCCCCAAACCAACAACGCCCAAACCAUCCACAACACCAUCUACACCCAGACCAACAACACCAGUGACGUGCCCCCCUAAUUCUGACUUUUCGGAGUGUGGUCCAUCGUGCGUUCCCACCUGCCAGAAGCCCAACAUUGACUCCAGUAACUGCACUGGGACCUGUGUGAGCGGCUGCUUCUGUAGACCAGGCUUUGUGCUGUCAGGAAACCGGUGUGUUCGCGCUGACAAGUGUGGCUGUCUGGAUGAAAACAACAACUAUUAUGAGCCUGGAGAGGUUGUGUUUGGGGAUGGCUGCUCCAAGCUGUGUCGCUGUGCUGGAAACUACACUCUCUCCUGCGUGGACAACAGCUGUGCUCCCACUGAGGAGUGCCGAGAGGUCAAUGGAGUCCCUGGAUGUUAUCCUCAAGGCACCUCCACCUGUGUUGCCUCUGGAGAUCCUCACUACACCACCUUUGAUAAGAAGAAGUACAACUUCAUGGGCAACUGCACCUAUGUGAUGUCCAAACCAUGCAACACCACUGGUCUGCCACACUAUGAGGUCCACGUGUCCAAUGAGAACCGCAACAACAACAAGAAAAUCAGCUACGUAUCAGCGGUGCAUGUCUACGUCCAUGGAAUGACCAUUUCCAUCCUUAAAGGAGGAACCGUGCGGAUCAAUGGCACCAAUGUGAACCUGCCUGUGAACCCAGCUGCAGACGUUUCUGUCUACAAGUCUGGAAAACAUUACACCGUGGCCAUGAGUUUUGGAGUGACUGUUCGCUACGAUGGCAACCACUUCAUGGACAUCAAAGUGAUUGCAGCGUACAAAGAGAAGAUUUGUGGCCUUUGCGGAGAUUACGACGGAAACUCCAAGGAUGACUUCCGUACACCAACAGGCGAACUCGUGACAAAUCCGAAUGACUUUGGAAACAGCUGGAAUUCUGACCCAGAAUGCAACAAAUCUCCUGAGGUGCCUGUACCUGGUUGUACACCAGAGGAGCAGGAUAAAUAUGAGAAACCUGCCUUCUGUGGAAUCAUCCUGGACAACAAGGGCCCAUUCGCUGUGUGCCACCCCAAGAUUAAUCCCAACAGCUUCUUCAAGGACUGCAUGUUUGACGUGUGUGAACUGGAUGGACUGCACUCUGCCCUGUGUGAGGCCAUAGAGGCCUAUGUGAAUGAGUGUCAGGAUCGUGGAGUCACCAUCGGAUCAUGGAGAAACACCACCUUCUGCCCCCUGACCUGCCCUCCCAACAGCCAUUUUGAGUCCUGUGCUUCAGCCUGCCAGCCUUCCUGUGUCACCCCUUCCCCAGGGCAGUGUAGUGGACCGUGUGCAGAGGGGUGUGUGUGUGACCCAGGAUUCGUCCUCAGCGCUGGCAAGUGUGUCAGGCAAGACAGCUGUGGAUGCAAACACACCAAUGGCCAGUACUACCAGCCUGGAGAGGAGUGGUACACCUCUGACUGUGAUCUGAAGUGCAGGUGCAAUCCUCCCUUCGUCAGCUGUAGUGAUGGACAGUGUCCCCCUUCAAAGGAGUGUAGCAUCCAGGGAGGACUUCUGGGCUGCUACCCCAUUGCCACUACCCCCAAGCCAACAACACCCAAACCAACAACGCCCAAACCUUCCACAACACCAUCUACUCCCAGACCAACAACACCAGUGACGUGCCCCCCUAAUUCUGACUUUUCGGAGUGUGGUCCAUCGUGCGUUCCCACCUGCCAGAAGCCCAACAUUGACUCCAGUAACUGCACUGGGACCUGUGUGAGCGGCUGCUUCUGUAAACCAGGCUUUGUGCUGUCAGGAAACCGGUGUGUUCGCGCUGACAAGUGUGGCUGUCUGGAUGACAACAACAACUAUUAUGAGCCUGGAGAGGUUGUGUUUGGGGAUGGCUGCUCCAAGCUGUGUCGCUGUGCUGGAAACUACACUCUCUCCUGCGUGGACAACAGCUGUGCUCCCACUGAGGAGUGCCGAGAGGUCAAUGGAGUCCCUGGAUGUUAUCCUCAAGGCACCUCCACCUGCGUUGCCUCUGGAGAUCCUCACUACACCACCUUUGAUAAGAAGAAGUACAACUUCAUGGGCAACUGCACCUAUGUGAUGUCCAAACCAUGCAACACGACUGGUCUGCCACACUAUGAGGUCCACGUGUCCAAUGAGAACCGCAACAACAACAAGAAAAUCAGCUACGUAUCAGCGGUGCAUGUCUACGUCCAUGGAAUGACCAUUUCCAUCCUUAAAGGAGGAACCGUGCGGAUCAAUGGCACCAAUGUGAACCUGCCUGUGAACCCAGCUGCAGACGUUUCUGUCUACAAGUCUGGAAAACAUUACACCGUGGCCAUGAGUUUUGGAGUGACUGUUCGCUACGAUGGCAACCACUUCAUGGACAUCAAAGUGAUUGCAGCGUACAAAGAGAAGAUUUGUGGCCUUUGCGGAGAUUACGACGGAAACUCCAAGGAUGACUUCCGUACACCAACAGGCGAACUCGUGACAAAACCGAAUGACUUUGGAAACAGCUGGAAUUCUGACCCAGAAUGCAACAAAUCUCCUGAGGUGCCUGUACCUGGUUGUACACCAGAGGAGCAGGACAAAUAUGAGAAACCUGCUUUCUGUGGAAUCAUCCUGGACAACAAGGGCCCAUUCGCUGUGUGCCACCCCAAGAUAAAUCCCAACAGCUUCUUCAAGGACUGCAUGUUUGACGUGUGUGAGCUGGAUGGACUGCACUCUGCCUUGUGUGAGGCCAUUGAGGCCUAUGUGAAUGAGUGUCAGGAUCGUGGAGUCACCAUCGGAUCGUGGAGGAACACCACCUUCUGCCCCCUGACCUGCCCUCCCAACAGCCAUUUUGAGUCCUGUGCUUCAGCCUGCCAGCCUUCCUGUGUCACUCCUUCCCCAGGGCAGUGUAGUGGACCGUGUGCAGAGGGGUGUGUGUGUGACCCAGGAUUUGUCCUCAGCGCUGGCAAGUGUGUCAGGCAAGACAGCUGUGGAUGCAAACACACCAAUGGCCAGUACUACCAGCCUGGAGAGGAGUGGUACACCUCUGACUGUGAUCUGAAGUGCAGGUGCAAUCCUCCCUUCGUCAGCUGCAGUGAUGGACAGUGUCCCCCUUCAAAGGAGUGUAGCAUCCAGGGAGGACUUCUGGGCUGUUACCCCAUUGGCACCUCCACCUGCGUUGCCUCUGGAGAUCCUCACUACACCACCUUUGAUAAGAAGAAGUACAACUUCAUGGGCAACUGCACCUAUGUGAUGUCCAAACCAUGCAACACCACUGGUCUGCCACACUAUGAGGUCCACGUGUCCAAUGAGAACCGCAACAACAACAAGAAAAUCAGCUACGUAUCAGCGGUGCAUGUCUACGUCCAUGGAAUGACCAUUUCCAUCCUUAAAGGAGGAACCGUGCGGAUCAAUGGCACCAAUGUGAACCUGCCUGUGAACCCAGCUGCAGACGUUUCUGUCUACAAGUCUGGAAAACAUUACACUGUGGCCAUGAGUUUUGGAGUGACUGUUCGCUACGAUGGCAACCACUUCAUGGACAUCAAAGUGAUUGCAGCGUACAAAGAGAAGAUUUGUGGCCUUUGCGGAGAUUACGACGGAAACUCCAAGGAUGACUUCCGUACACCAACAGGCGAACUCGUGACAAAACCGAAUGACUUUGGAAACAGCUGGAAUUCUGAUCCAGAAUGCAACAAAUCUCCUGAGGUGCCUGUACCUGGUUGUACACCAGAGGAGCAGGAUAAAUAUGAGAAACCUGCCUUCUGUGGUAUCAUCCUGGACAACAAGGGCCCAUUCGCUGUGUGCCACCCCAAGAUUAAUCCCAACAGCUUCUUCAAGGACUGCAUGUUUGAUGUGUGUGAACUGGAUGGACUGCACUCUGCCCUGUGUGAGGCCAUAGAGGCCUAUGUGAAUGAGUGUCAGGAUCGUGGAGUCACCAUCGGAUCAUGGAGGAACACCACCUUCUGCCCCCUGACCUGCCCUCCCAACAGCCAUUUUGAGUCCUGUGCUUCAGCCUGCCAGCCUUCCUGUGUCACCCCUUCCCCAGGGCAGUGUAGUGGACCGUGUGCAGAGGGGUGUGUGUGUGACCCAGGAUUCGUCCUCAGCGCUGGCAAGUGUGUCAGGCAAGACAGCUGUGGAUGCAAACACACCAAUGGCCAGUACUACCAGCCUGAAGAGGAGUGGUACACCUCUGACUGUGAUCUGAAGUGCAGGUGCAAUCCUCCCUUCGUCAGCUGUAGUGAUGGACAGUGUCCCCCUUCAAAGGAGUGUAGCAUCCAGGGAGGACUUCUGGGCUGCUACCCCAUUGCCACUACCCCCAAGCCAACAACACCCAAACCAACAACGCCCAAACCUUCCACAACACCAUCUACUCCCAGACCAACAACACCAGGUCCAGUGACGUGCCCCCCUAAUUCUGACUUUUCGGAGUGUGGUCCAUCGUGCGUUCCCACCUGCCAGAAGCCCAACAUUGACUCCAGUAACUGCACUGGGACCUGUGUGAGCGGCUGCUUCUGUAAACCAGGCUUUGUGCUGUCAGGAAACCGGUGUGUUCGCGCUGACAAGUGUGGCUGUCUGGAUGACAACAACAACUAUUAUGAGCCUGGAGAGGUUGUGUUUGGGGAUGGCUGCUCCAAGCUGUGUCGCUGUGCUGGAAACUACACUCUCUCCUGCGUGGACAACAGCUGUGCUCCCACUGAGGAGUGCCGAGAGGUCAAUGGAGUCCCUGGAUGUUAUCCUCAAGGCACCUCCACCUGCGUUGCCUCUGGAGAUCCUCACUACACCACCUUUGAUAAGAAGAAGUACAACUUCAUGGGCAACUGCACCUAUGUGAUGUCCAAACCAUGCAACACGACUGGUCUGCCACACUAUGAGGUCCACGUGUCCAAUGAGAACCGCAACAACAACAAGAAAAUCAGCUACGUAUCAGCGGUGCAUGUCUACGUCCAUGGAAUGACCAUUUCCAUCCUUAAAGGAGGAACCGUGCGGAUCAAUGGCACCAAUGUGAACCUGCCUGUGAACCCAGCUGCAGACGUUUCUGUCUACAAGUCUGGAAAACAUUACACCGUGGCCAUGAGUUUUGGAGUGACUGUUCGCUACGAUGGCAACCACUUCAUGGACAUCAAAGUGAUUGCAGCGUACAAAGAGAAGAUUUGUGGCCUUUGCGGAGAUUACGACGGAAACUCCAAGGAUGACUUCCGUACACCAACAGGCGAACUCGUGAAAAAUCCGAAUGACUUUGGAAACAGCUGGAAUUCUGACCCAGAAUGCAACAAAUCUCCUGAGGUGCCUGUACCUGGUUGUACACCAGAGGAGCAGGAUAAAUAUGAGAAACCUGCCUUCUGUGGAAUCAUCCUGGACAACAAGGGCCCAUUCGCUGUGUGCCACCCCAAGAUAAAUCCCAACAGCUUCUUCAAGGACUGCAUGUUUGACGUGUGUGAACUGGAUGGACUGCACUCUGCCCUGUGUGAGGCCAUAGAGGCCUAUGUGAAUGAGUGUCAGGAUCGUGGAGUCACCAUCGGAUCAUGGAGAAACACCACCUUCUGCCCCCUGACCUGCCCUCCCAACAGCCAUUUUGAGUCCUGUGCUUCAGCCUGCCAGCCUUCCUGUGUCACUCCUUCCCCAGGGCAGUGUAGUGGACCGUGUGCAGAGGGGUGUGUGUGUGACCCAGGAUUCGUCCUCAGCGCUGGCAAGUGUGUCAGGCAAGACAGCUGUGGAUGCCAACACACCAAUGGCCAGUACUACCAGCCUGGAGAGGAGUGGUACACCUCUGACUGUGAUCUGAAGUGCAGGUGCAAUCCUCCCUUCGUCAGCUGUAGUGAUGGACAGUGUCCCCCUUCAAAGGAGUGUAGCAUCCAGGGAGGACUUCUGGGCUGUUACCCCAUUGGCACCUCCACCUGCGUUGCCUCUGGAGAUCCUCACUACACCACCUUUGAUAAGAAGAAGUACAACUUCAUGGGCAACUGCACCUAUGUGAUGUCCAAACCAUGCAACACGACUGGUCUGCCACACUAUGAGGUCCACGUGUCCAAUGAGAACCGCAACAACAACAAGAAAAUCAGCUACGUAUCAGCGGUGCAUGUCUACGUCCAUGGAAUGACCAUUUCCAUCCUUAAAGGAGGAACCGUGCGGAUCAAUGGCACCAAUGUGAACCUGCCUGUGAACCCAGCUGCAGACGUUUCUGUCUACAAGUCUGGAAAACAUUACACCGUGGCCAUGAGUUUUGGAGUGACUGUUCGCUACGAUGGCAACCACUUCAUGGACAUCAAAGUGAUUGCAGCGUACAAAGAGAAGAUUUGUGGCCUUUGCGGAGAUUACGACGGAAACUCCAAGGAUGACUUCCGUACACCAACAGGCGAACUCGUGACAAAACCGAAUGACUUUGGAAACAGCUGGAAUUCUGACCCAGAAUGCAACAAAUCUCCUGAGGUGCCUGUACCUGGUUGUACACCAGAGGAGCAGGAUAAAUAUGAGAAACCUGCCUUCUGUGGAAUCAUCCUGGACAACAAAGGCCCAUUCGCUGUGUGCCACCCCAAGAUAAAUCCCAACAGCUUCUUCAAGGACUGCAUGUUUGAUGUGUGUGAGCUGGAUGGACUGCACUCUGCCCUGUGUGAGGCCAUAGAGGCCUAUGUGAAUGAGUGUCAGGAUCGUGGAGUCACCAUCGGAUCAUGGAGGAACACCACCUUCUGCCCCCUGACCUGCCCUCCCGACAGCCAUUUUGAGUCCUGUGCUCCAGCCUGCCAGCCUUCCUGUGUCACCCCUUCCCCAGGGCAGUGUAGUGGACCGUGUGCAGAGGGGUGUGUGUGUGACCCAGGAUUCGUCCUCAGCGCUGGCAAGUGUGUCAGGCAAGACAGCUGUGGAUGCCAACACACCAAUGGCCAGUACUACCAGCCUGGAGAGGAGUGGUACACCUCUGACUGUGAUCUGAAGUGCAGGUGCAAUCCUCCCUUCGUCAGCUGUAGUGAUGGACAGUGUCCCCCUUCAAAGGAGUGUAGCAUCCAGGGAGGACUUUUGGGCUGCUACCCCAUUGCAACAACGCCCAAACCAACAACUCCCAAACCUACAACGCCCAAGCCAACAACUCCCAAACCUACAACGCCCAAGCCUACGACGCCCCCAGUGAAGUGCCCCAUUAAUGCGGAGUACAUUGAGUGUGGUCCAGCCUGCAUCCCCAGCUGUAAGGAGCCCUCCACCAACUGCACUGGGUCCUGUAUCACCGGAUGCUUCUGUAAGCCCGGCUAUCUCUUCCGAGGCUCGCGCUGUGUGCCCCAGGAGAGGUGUGGCUGCCUCGACGCCGAUAACAACUACUAUGAGUCCGGAGAGAUCAUCUUUGGGGAUGCCUGCUCCAAGCUGUGUCGCUGCGCUGGAAACUUCACUCUCGACUGCGUGGACAACAGCUGCACUGCUGCUGAGGAGUGCCGAGAGGUCGACGGAGUUCACGGCUGCUAUCCCAAAGACGACUCCACCUGCAUUGCCACCGGUGAUCCCCACUACACCACCUUCGAUAAGAAGAAGUACAACUUCAUGGGCAACUGCACCUAUCUGAUGUCCAAGCCUUGCAACGCCACCGGCGUGCCCCACUACGAGGUCUACGUGACCAAUAAGAACCGACACAACAAUUACCUCAUCAGCUACGUGGACUCUGUGCACGUCCACGUCAAAGGGGUGACCGUGUCCAUGCUGAGAGGAGGAAACGUGCAGCUCAAUGGGACCAAAGUCAACGUGCCUUUCAGCCCAGCUGCAGACGUUUCUGUCUUCAAGUCUGGAAAACAUUACACCGUGGCCAUGAGUUUUGGAGUGACUGUUCGCUACGAUGGCAACCACUUCAUGGACAUCAAAGUGAUUGCAGAUUAUAAGAACAAGGUGUGCGGGUUGUGCGGAGACUACAAUGGGAAUGCCAAGGAUGAUUUCCGGAAUUCCACCGGCCAUCUGGUGACCAGCCCUGUGGAGUUCGGGGAUAGCUGGAACGCCGACCCAGAGUGCAACAAGAAACCCGAUGAGGUUUAUCCCGGAUGCACAGAUGACCAGCAGGAUGAGUAUGAGUCUCCUGCCUACUGUGGAAUGAUUCUGGACAGCAAAGGCCCAUUCGCUGUGUGCCACCCCAGGGUUAAUCCCAACAGCUUCUACAAGGACUGCAUGUUUGACGUGUGUGAGCUGGAUGGACUGCCCUCUGCCCUGUGCGAGGCCAUAGAGGCCUACGUGAAUGAGUGUCAGGAUCGUGGAGUCACCAUCGGAUCGUGGAGGAACACCACCUUCUGCCCUCUAGACUGCCCUGACAACAGCCAUUUUGAGUCCUGUGCUCCAUCCUGCCAGCCUUCCUGUGUCCAGCCAACUCCUGGUCAGUGUAACGGGACGUGUGCCGAGGGGUGUGUGUGUAACCCAGGAUUCGUCCUCAGCGCUGGCAAGUGCAUCAAGAAAGACAGCUGCGGAUGUGAUCACAAUGGACUCUACUAUGAGUCUGGUGAGGAGUUCUACUCUAAUGAUUGUAAGCAGAAGUGCAAGUGCAACUCUCCCAAUGUUACCUGUGAGGCCACCAGCUGUCCCCCAAUGCAACAGUGUGGGGUCCAGGAAGGCAUUGUUGGCUGUUACCCUGUCGGCUUUGAAGACUGCACGAUUUCAGGAGACCCUCACUACAACACCUUUGAUGACAGAUUCUACACUUUUAUGGGCACCUGCACGUACACUCUGGCACGCACCUGCAAGAACAACACAGGGCCGUGGUUCUCGGUGGAGGGGAAGAAUGAAGAGAGAGGAGUGUCCGGCGUGUCCUACCUCAGGAAGCUCUAUGUGACGGUCAAUGGCGUCACGGUGACCAUGAUGAAGAGCAGAAGAACGCUGGUGGAUGGCCGCAGAGUGGCCCUCCCUCACUCGCCGUCACCGCUGAUGUCCCUGUCCCUGGCUGGACAGUACAUCACCCUGGAGACCACCUUUGGGCUCCGCGUGCGCUGGGACGGCAACCACUACGCCCAAAUCACCGUGCCCAGCACGUAUCACGACCAGAUGUGCGGCCUGUGCGGGGACUUUGAUGGUAACGCCGGCAACGACUUCACCAAGCCAGAUGGUGCCCAGGCCGACAGCUCCGAUCAGUUUGGGAACAGUUGGCAGACAGAUGAGGACGAGGAUGAUGUGUGCAAGCCUGAUGUGACCCCUGACCCUCCCUGCAAACCAGAGCUGGAGGCCGUGGUGACCAACCCUGCAAACUGUGGCAAGCUCAAGGACCCCGCGGGUCCCUUCAGGGAUUGCGUGAAGGUGGUGGACCCGUUGCCGUUCUUCCAGAGCUGCGUGUUUGACAUGUGCCGCUACGACGGCAUGCAGCAGACGCUGUGUGACCAACUGCAGGCCUACACCGAUGCCUGCCUGGGUGCAGGAGCGAAGGUUCACCAGUGGAGGGAGCCAGAAUUCUGUCCACUGGCCUGCCCCCCAAACAGCCACUACACCAUGUGCGUCAGCUCGUGUCCGGAGACAUGUCUGGGGGUCAGCGGGCCGCCGGGCUGCGACAGCAAGUGCGUGGAGGGCUGCCAGUGCAACCCCGGCUUCGUCCUGAGCGACGACCGGUGCGUCCCGCUCAAGGACUGCGGCUGCGUGGAUCCCCAAGGCUCAUAUCACCCCGUGAACGAGAGCUGGUACCUGGAGGGCUGCACACAGCAGUGUGUGUGUAAUGGUGGUGGGGAGAUUGUGUGUCGUAAUACCACAUGCACCCCCACCGAGGAAUGCAAGCUGCAAGACGGUGACUAUGGCUGUCAACCGCUGGAUAAGGGAACGUGCUCGGUGUCCGGAGAUCCCCACUACAACACGUUUGACGAUAAGACCCAUCACUUCAUGGGCUCCUGUUCCUACACCUUAACCAAACCCUGCAACGAGACCUCCGGCUUGCCGUACUUCACCGUCGAGACCCAGAACGAGCACAGGGGCAGCAACAAGAAGGUCUCCUACGUCCGGGCCGUGGUCGUUAACGUUUACGGCCAGCGGGUCAUCCUGGAGAAGGGCCGUAAAGUCCAGGUGAACGGUUUCAGGGUCACUCCACCGGUCACCGUCGAGAAGAACGUGAAGAUCUACCUGAGCGGCAAGUUCGUGGUUCUGGAGACGGAGUUCGGGCUGCGCGUGCGCUUCGAUGGCAACCACCACGCCGACGUCACCCUGCCUUCCUCCUACAGCGGCCUCCUUUGCGGCAUGUGUGGAAACUACAACGGGAAAUCUGGAGACGACAAUCUAAAACCAGAUGGCCGACCGGCGGCUAACACCAACGAGCUCGGAGAGAGCUGGCAGGUCCCUGACGACAGGCCAGACUGUAGCCAUGACGGUGGCAUCGGCGAGUGCGACGAUAAGAUCGAGAGCGAAGCCCAGAAGCCCACCAGCUGUGGCAUGAUCACCGACCCCAAUGGCAUAUUCCAGGCCUGCCAUGCCGUGGUGCCCCCUUCGGCUUACUUUGAGAACUGCGUGUACGACCAGUGUGGCACAGACGGAAGUGCCGUGGCCCUGUGCCAGGCUAUCGAGUCUUAUGCCGACCUCUGCGCCAAGGCUGGGGUGCCCAUCUCCUGGAGGAACAACACCUUCUGUCCGCUGAAGUGCCCCGCUGGCAGUCACUAUGAGUCAUGUGGCACGGCCUGCCCCCCCAGCUGCCAGGAGCCUGGCUCUGCGGGCACGUGCACCGAGCCGUGUGUGGAGGGCUGCGUGUGCGACGCCGGGCUGGUGCUCAGCGGGGACAAGUGUGUGCCCUUCAACCAGUGCGGCUGCACCGACAAGGACAACAACUACCGACCGGUGGGAGACAGCUGGUUCACUGCUGACGACUGCUCUGAGCGCUGUGUCUGUGGGCCCUUCAACAACGUCACCUGCGAGCCCUGGCAGUGUAGUCCCGCCCAGGAGUGUAAGGUCUACGAUGGAGAACUGGCCUGUCACUCAAGCGGUGUGGGCGUGUGCCACGUGGCCGGAGACCCCCACUACUACACCUUCGACGGCGAGAUGCACACCUUCAUGGGCACCUGCACCUACACGCUGGUGUCCGUCUGCAACAGCACGCGGGUCACGCCGUUCACCAUCGUGGCCAAGAACGAGGAGCGCGGGCAGCCGGAGGCGUCGUACGUGCGCUCCGUCACCGUCUCCCUGCCCGGCGCCAACGUCACGCUCAGCAAGAGCGGCCGCGUGCUGCUGAACGCCCGCAGAGUCCGCACCCCUCUGGCCAUCACAGCAGCAGCCGCUCGCGUCGCCACCAGCGGCGUCUACACCGUGCUGGACACCGACUUUGGCCUCAUCGUCAAGUUCGACGGCGUCCAUCACCUGGAGAUCAUUGUGCCAGGCGACUACUUUGAUAAGGUUUGCGGCAUGUGUGGAAACUACAAUGGCAAGCACACCGAUGAUAACCUGAUGCCUGACGGCAAGCCGGCCAAGGACGCCAUCGAGCUGGGCAAUAGCUGGAAAUCUGAGGGUGACAGUGAUCCUGGAUGCAAGCCAGACACCCGUCCCAACGUGCACCCCAACUGCACGGCGGACGAGGAGGCGUUGUUCACGGCGCAGUGCUCCGGCGUCAUCAUGUCGGACAAGUUCAAGCCCUGCCACUCGCUGCUGCCGCCCGAGGCCUUCGUAGGCAACUGCGUGUACGACAUGUGCGAGUACGACGGCAUGCAGGCCACGCUCUGCGACAACGUGGAGGCCUACGCCCAGGCCUGCCAGAGCGCGGGAGUGACCAUCAGCUGGAGGAACAGCACCUUCUGCCCCCUCCCGUGUCCACCAAACAGCCAGUACUCAGACUGCACGCCGCCCUGCCCCCCGACCUGCGCCGACCUCUUCCCCUUGUUCUGCCCCCUGCCGCCCACCCAGUGCGUGGAGGGCUGCAUGUGCAGCGCCGGACACGUCCUCAGCGACGGCCAGUGCGUGCCGCUGUCCAGGUGCGGCUGCGUGGACGACGGAGGAGAGUACCACGACGUGGGAGACUCCUGGGUGACGGAGGGCUGUGAGGAGAAGUGCAGCUGUACACAGGGAGGUGUCCUGACAUGCAAGAAUUUCAAGUGCAACGACAAGUCCAUAUGCGCCCUGGACAAGGAUGGCGAGAGAUACUGCAAGCCCGAGAAGUUUGAUAAGUGCACCAUCCAGGGGGAUCCACACUACCGCACGUUCGACAAUCUCAAGCACCACUACCAGGGCGCGUACACCUACGUCCUGUCUCAAGGUCACGACCUGCCCAUCGAGCUGGAGCCCUUCACCGUGCGGGGCAAGAACGCCCGCCGCGGCGGCAACAGACGCGUCUCCUUCCUGCACGAGGUCUACGUGGACGUUCACGACGUCAACAUCCGGCUCCUGCAGAAGAAGACUGUCCUGGUCAACGGAGAGAAGGUGGUGCCCCCGCUGAGCCCCAGACAGGGCCUGACCAUCGCCAUGAACUCCCGCUACGUCCAGAUCUCCACCGACUUCGGCCUCACCGUCCGCUUCGACGGCAACAGCCAAGCUGAGGUGAUCCUCCCAAGCACAUACAAGUCAACGGUGCGAGGCCUGUGCGGUAACUACGACGACCGCAACAACAACGAGUACAUGAAGCCCGACGGCACCCUGACGCGCAACCUCAACCAGUUCGGCGACAGCUGGAGAGUGUCGGACAGGGCGGGCGAGCGACUUCUCACCUCCGACGCGCUCGAACGGGUCCACCUGCACAGGCGUGCCGUGGAGGAGAAUCCCGAGACAGGCUUCGAGACGACGGGCUGCACUGAGGCCCAGCUGGCCGCGUUGAACGGGCCCAAGCAGUGUGGCGCCCUGACUGACCCCUCUGGACCGUUCAGCGCCUGCCACGCCAAGGUCUUGCCCAACGCCUUCCAGGAGGACUGUCUGUUUGACCUGUGUGCGGAGCAGGACGAUGCUACUCUGCGCUGCGAGAGUUAUGCCGUCUACGCCCUGGCCUGCCAGGAGGUCGGAGUCGAGCUGGGGCCCUGGAGAAAACAGCUGGCCUGUGACCUGACCUGCGGAGCCAACAGUAGCUACAGCAGCUGCAUGUCCCCCUGCCCGUCGUCCUGUGCCGAGCUGGCGUUCCCGUCCGAGUGCGACCAGACCGAGUGUGUGGAGGGGUGCCAGUGCGCCCCCGGGUUCGUGCUGAGCGGAGAGGCCUGCGUGCCCUUCCCCGAGUGUGGCUGCUCCUUCCUGGGCCGUUACUACCCGCUGGGAGAGAAGUUUGUCACAGAGGACUGUGCCCAGAGCUGUGAGUGCACGGCCACGGGCUCCGAGUGCCAGCCCAAGCUCUGCGCCGCCAACCACGUCUGCACCAUCUACAACCUCACCCGCGACUGCUACAGAAAUGGCCCAUGUCUGAGUUACCCCUGUGAGAAUGGAGGCACGUGUGUGGAGGGCUCUGGAGAGGGCCUGUACACCUGCACGUGUGCUGAGGGAUUCGAGGGCACCAACUGUGAGAUAGAGAAGACGCCCACCAGUGGAGGACUGGAUGAAACAUCAAUCAUACUGAUUGCGGUCCUCGUGCCCCUGGGUGUAAUACUAAUAGCCGUGAUUAUUGGUUGCUGUUGUUGCAGAAGAGCACGGACAAUGAGUUAUGACCCCGGGAAUUAUGCGGACUAUUAUAGGAAAAGAAAAGGAAGCUACGACUCCAGCAGCAUGCAGUUGUCCUCAACAGGUGUGAUGUAUGAGAAUCUGGAUGAUGAUAUCGACAAGCAGAAGGCGGCGAACAAAACUGAGGCUGACAAAAUUGUAGCGCAGUCACAGUUCUGAGGACAGCACUGACCGUUUUUGUAUUUAUUUGCUAAUGUAACUACCAUGCUAAUGUAACUACCAUGUACUACUGAUCACCAUGCCAACGGGCUGUCAGUUCAGUGGAACUGUUUUUCAUGUGUGUGAAUAUUGUGAUUUUUGUGGCUUUAGAAUUCAUUAACUUAUUUUAUUAACUGAUGUUUGUCAGAACUGCAUUGUGAUUAAAAGGGAAAAAGGGAACGUAGAAAUGCAUUGCAGCUAAAU